AACAGACCAUACCCCCGGUUGAAGAAAGGAGACCUGUUUAAAAGUAGGUGGAUUCAGAUAGACAGUCAGUAGCAGCAAGGCAUCAAGAUGAUUCCCUUCGUGUUGGCUUCCAUCCUCUUCGCUAGCGCCUACGGGUGUGGCACCCCUGCCAUCGAGCCACUGAACUCCCCCCGUGUGGUGAAUGGAGUGGACGCCCUUCCCCACAGCUGGCCCUGGCAGAUCUCUCUUCAGUACCUGAGAGAUGGAGAGUGGAGACACACCUGUGGAGGAUCUCUCAUUGCCACCAACUGGGUCAUGACCGCUGCCCAUUGUAUCAACACCGACCUGACCUACAGGGUGUUCGUCGGCAAGCACAACCUGCUCCUGGACGAGCCCGGCUCCAACGCCAUCACCCCCGAGCUCCUGAUCGUCCACGAGAAGUGGAACCCUAUUUUCGUUGCCCUCGGCAAUGACGUGGCCUUGAUCAAGCUGUCUGAGCACGUGGCCCUGAGCGACCAGGUCCAGCUGGCCUGCCUCCCCGCCCCUGGAACCCUCCUGCCCAACAACUACCCCUGCUACAUCACAGGCUGGGGCAGGCUUUACACCAAUGGCCCCAUUGCUGACAACCUGCAGCAGGCUCUGAUGCCCGCGGUGGACCACGCCACCUGCUCCAAGCCUGACUGGUGGGGCUUCGCCCUCAGGACCUCCAUGGUCUGCGCCGGAGGCGAUGGCGUCGUCGGUGGCUGCAACGGUGACUCCGGCGGACCCCUGAACUGCAGGAAUGCUGCGGGCACCUGGGAGGUCCACGGCAUCGCCAGCUUCGUCUCCGGCCUGGGCUGCAACUACGAGAAGAAGCCCACCGUCUUCACCCGCGUGUCCGCCUUCAACGACUGGAUCGACCAGGCCAUGAUGAACAACUAAGAAGAAUGUGGAACAUGAGCGUUGCAAUUGCUAUACUGAAAUAAAGGGUACCGCAAUGUAACAUGUU